AUGAAUAACAAAAAUCAGCCGAAAAUAUCAUCACAAGUCAAUAAUAAUAUAACGAUUUUGGAACCUAAAAAAAGAGGUCGUAAACCUGCAUCGAGCAAAUCAAAAGAAAACACAGAUGCAACGAUUCCGACGAUUGCUAUUGGUGAAGAUAAAAAAGAAUUAUUGGAUGUUUUGUCGAAUGAUGUUGUUUCUCCUCAUAACGAUGAGACAACACGACCACAUCCAGUUCAGUCGAAAAACACAAUAACAAUUCCUGGAAGAAUUCUAUCAAAAAUUAUUGGUGAGAUCCAAAAAUUCAGAAAAGAUUAAACUCCAAUGACGUCGUCGGAUAGUGGUAUCGAUUCUUGUAUUGAAGUUGAUACAGAGGUGAAAGAUGGGCGAGAUGAACGUGAUGAAGUUGCUGCUUCACCAAGUGAUAGCAGUAGCGAUGAUGUUGUGGCAGCAACUCAAACUAGUACUCAUCGGAAUAAUGAUAUAAUUUUAUGUGGACAGUGUAAUUCUGAAUUUCCCUUAGCAAGUUUACCAAACUUUAUCGAACAUAAAAUUUCUCAUUGUAAAGUUGGUUCAUCGAGUGGUUUGUUAGACACAACUUCAUCAUCAUCGAACCUUCAUCAUUCAUAUGCAUUCCAAUCAUUUCGACAGCAAAAGUCGCCUUCAUUAUAUAAUCGAAUUUCUCAAGAUGCUUCUUCAUCUCGUUGCCUUCAAUCGACAUCAGGAAACCAGAAAAAUCUUCUAUUAAUGGAAAAUUGUCAAAUUUUUAAAAUCGAUGCCACUACUGAUACUGCUGAUUUAAGUGUUUGA